UGUUCAGUCCGCUAGAGUGCCUUUCUCAGGGUAACACGCAUUUGGAUUUUGACGUGUGACAGUGUAGAGCUGCAACCAAAUCUGGGUGCAGAUUGAUGGUGUAUCGAAAUAAAGACGGUCGGUAAUGAAACAGUGAUUAAAAUGGCUGAAAGCAAAAGUGCGUUAAUCGCAAAAUCAGUGCAAAAACAUGCCGGACGGGCGAAGGAAAAGCUCCUUCAGAACCUGGGCAAAGUAGACCGGACGCUCGACGACAUCUUCGAAGAGCAUCUCCAGAACUUCAACAGGCAGCACCAGCAGGCCACGAGGCUGCAGAAAGAGUUCAACAACUACAUAAGAUGUAUACGAGCCGUCCAGACCGCAUCAAAGUCUCUAAUGGAGGCCAUCACGGAAGUGUACGAGAGCGGUUGGUCGGGCCACGACUUGCUGUACGUGCAAUCGCAAAGCAUGGAGAUGCUCUGGCAGGACUUCUCGCACAAGCUGGGCGACCAGGUGCUCAUCCCGCUCAACACAUACACCAACCAGUUCCCUGAAGUCAGGAAAAAAGUAGAGAAGCGUGGCCGCAAGCUGGUAGAUUACGACAGCCAGCGACAUAGCUUCCAGAAUCUUCAGGCCAAUGCUGCCAAGAGAAGGGACGAUGUCAAGAUCACAAAAGGCCGCGAACAACUAGAGGAGGCGAAACGCACAUACGAGGUCCUCAACUCGGAGCUCCACGACGAACUGCCGGCGCUAUACGAUUCACGGGUCCUCUUCUACGUCAACAACCUGCAGACGCUGUUCAGCGCUGAACAGCUCUUCCACAACGAGAGCUCUAAGGUGUUCGCCGAGCUAGAAGCGAUAACCGACAAGCUCGCGAACGAGUGCCAGCGCGGCUCCUACACGAAGAAGUCCAUCGCCAACAACAUCUCGCCCAUCUCCUCGCCCAAGACCAACACGCUCAACUCAAUCAACGGCAACGCUGCUUCGCCCACCAACACUGUACAAACGCCCCCCUCCCCCGCGCUCAACGGCGACUCCCCGCCGCCAACGCCCGCGCGCCACGCGAGCGAGGAGCGCGACAAGUCCCCCGUCUCGCUCGCCGAGUCCGCACCUCCCGCCGUCACCCCCGCCCCGGCCACGCCCACCGACGACGCGCCCACCAAUAACAACGAGGACAAGAAGCUAGAGGAGCUGUACGAUAUACCCGUUGGGACGCCGGUACCGCCCGAGAAGUUGAAUAAUAACGGCGAGGGAAAGAAACAAGUAGACGUAGAACAGAGUGUCAAAGAAAAGGACAAAGAGAAUGACAGUCCGAAGACGGACGAAGUGUACGACAUACCUGUUGGGGCGACGCUGGCCGGCCUGCCGGCGGGCGUGCUGUACCGCGUGCGCGCUACCUACCGCUACACGCGCGAGGACAGCGACGAGCUCAGCUUCGACGUCGGCGACACCAUCCGCGUCGUCGAGUACGACGACCCCGAGGAGCAGGAGGAGGGCUGGCUAAUGGGCAUCAAGGAGGGAACAAACGAGAAAGGCAUGUUUCCGGCUAACUUCACGCGGCCCAUAUGAGGCGCUUGGGUAUCGCCUGCACCCUCGAGUUCGACUUGCGUAUAGAUUACCAUUUGACCG